AUGACUGCUGUUCUCACCGUGCGUGCUAACGGCGACAAGCUGCCAAUCCUCUUUGUCAUCCGUGGAGCUCCAGGUGGCCGCAUCGAAACGUCUGAACUGCCGCUGUUUCCACGUGGCCAUGUCUACGCUGUGCAGCAGAAGGGGUGGAUGGACAACACCGUGUGGAACAUUACCUGCGGACGCUGCUUGCAAACAACCUGUCCGACCACUCCGUUGUCCUACUCGACAACUUCGCGUCUCAUGUCAACGAUGACUCCUACCGUAUUGUUCACGAGGAGUUGGGUAGCCUGCUUUGUCCCAUUCCCCCCAAAGCCACGUCAUUUUGUCAGCCACUUGGUGACGGUUUUUGGGGUGAUGGCGCCAUUCAAGCGUUAA